GUGUGUGGUUUCUCAGUAGAGGAAGAGCUCCAGGUCCUGUUGAGUGAUGUGGUGUCCGCCUUUCUCUCACAUACCAGAACAUAGUCCCUAAACUCCCGCUUUAACCCUCUUCAUCAGUCAUCUUUUACAAUGAAUAGAAUAUAAGCCCGACGUUCCAGCGGUUCAUGGUUUAUUGUCUGUCAAUGUUAGUUUGGUCUGUAGAAUCCUUUGAAUGGGUUGAACUCAAGAAGGCUAUUAAAGGACAUUAUUGAAGGUGCUGCACAGACCCCUCUUGUAUUAAAACACUGUGCCUGUACAAGAAACGAAGACUGCAGCGUCCAAAAUGCCACUUGGAUUGGGGCGCAGGAAGAAGGCGUCUCCACUGGUGGAGAACGAGGAGGCUGAGCCCAUCCGUGCUGGACUGAACGUCCCAGGGUUGGAUGGCCUGACUGGUGGCAGGGUUGGCCUGGGUCAAGGAGCUACCCAUGAGGGCCUUCCACCUCCUCCCCCCAGCCUGCGACCUCGCCUGCUCUUCCACACCCAGCUGGCUCACGGCAGCCCCACGGGUCGCAUCGAGGGCUUCAGCAACGUGAGUGAGCUCUACGCCAAGAUAGGAGAGGCCUUUGGGAUUCCUCCGACUGAGGUGAUGUUUUGCACACUGAAUACUCACAAAGUGGAUAUGGAUAAAAUUUUGGGAGGCCAGAUCGGACUAGAGGACUUUAUAUUCGCUCACGUGAAAGGCCAGAAAAAAGAGGUGGAGGUCUUUAAAGGAGAGGAUGCACUGGGGCUCACCAUCACUGAUAACGGAGCUGGCUAUGCUUUCAUUAAGAGAAUAAGAGAAGGCAGUAUUAUUCAUCAGAUCCAGGUCAUCAACGUGGGCGACAUGAUCGAGUCAAUCAACGGGCAGACACUCAUUGGCUGCCGCCAUUAUGAGGUUGCCAAGAUGCUGAAGGAACUGCCUAAAGGGAAAACAUUUUUCCUGAAGCUGGUGGAACCUUUGAAGGCAUUUGACAUGAUCAGUCAGCGGUCGGGAAGCAGGUCGGGUUCUGCACAGUUAGGAACGGGCAGAGGAACUCUACGUCUGAGGUCUAAAGGACCAGCCACCGUAGAGGAACUGCCGUCAGCAUUUGAAGAAAAAGCUAUCGAGAAAGUCGAUGAUCUGUUGGAGAGCUACAUGGGCAUUAGAGACAGUGAACUUGCUGCCACAAUGGUGGAGCUUGGCAAGGACAAAAUGAACCCGGAUGAAUUUGCCGAAGCUUUGGACGAGACUCUGGGUGAUUUCGCAUUUCCAGAUGAGUUUGUGUUUGAUGUGUGGGGUGCCAUAGGCGAUGCAAAGGUCGGUCGCGUGUAAUAUAAGAAAUGGCUAAAAGUGGUAAUUCUAGAAAAUACUGCUUUAGGAACACUAUUGAGUUUUUGUUGAUUUUGGGAGCGUAUGCUGGGAUGCUUUUAAGAACGCUGGAAACACUUGUAUGUAGGCCUCUUAACUCCAAAUGUUAUGAAGACACUACAUUGAAUGUAAUUUAAAAUUGUGUUCAGAUUUGACUAGGUUGAGCCUGAUCACUUAUAUGAAAUGUCUUAUUUAGUAGGAUAUUAAGUGAAAGAUGCUGAGACUGAUUGAAUUUGCAAGGCCCCAUGUUUAGUACCCCUGUGAGGUUACUCUGUUACUUACUGAGACGUUCACUUGCACUGUUUUGCCCGACGCUGUAUAAAUUGCACGGUAAGGCACAGAACACAGUGCAGAGAUCAAGGCAAUGCUAGUUUGCACUGUAGUGACCUCUGCACUGUGUAUCUGAGCCGUUCCAUGGCAGAAUCAUGCACCAUUUGUCUUAUCAACACUAUAAUGAUUCCCUAAAGCAUGUGCUGUCUUGUUAUGUGCUCUUGUUAUGCCAAGGAUUUCAAGAGGCUUUGAAGCUGUUGCAGUGAAGCGUUUCUAAAUGACCUCUAGUGCUUUACGUUACCAGUUCUGUGGUUUAGCUCUUAUUUUAAAAAGGUAAAAGAAAUGGGAAAGAAAUAGACCAUCCGUUUUCAUUGUAGUAGUGUGGUAAACUACCGCAUAAUGCCAAACACAACACAGUCUUUUUCUUUUUUUAUCAGUUAAAUCAGUAUUACGAAAUAUCAUGAAGUAUUACAGAUAGUGUUUCACCUGUUACAGUGUUUAUACUUUAAAGGAGUAAAGGAGGAGGUAUGAAGGGCUUAAAAGUUGGGCUGGGCGAUAGCAUAGUUUUGUUUCAGAUUUUAAAAUCCAUGUUGUGCAUAUACAUAUACACACAUAUGCAAAACAUGGAUUUUGAAAACAAUAUAUAUAUAUAUACAUUGCCCAGACCUAUUUACAGGUUCAUAUUAAAGCACUGAUGGUAUAAGUGUUAGAUGGUAUUGAUUGUAUGGUAUUGACUUGAGUGUACAUAUUGUUGAUAUAAAAAACUACACUA